UAAGUUUGAUGACUCAAUGUGGCUUAAAUGUAUAUAUGUUGAGCAACAAGUGAUUAACAAAAUCCUUAGCAACGUUGGACACCACGCCAUUGUGAUCACGUGUCGUUAAAUCAGUCUGAUAUCAAGCUUUGUUAAUCAUAACUCGUGAUUCAAUAUACACGCAUAUAUAUUAAAAUUAAUAAUUCAAUUCUUCAUUGUGUUUUGUUAUUGUGAUUAAAAGAGUCACUUGCGUAAUUUGAGCACUUUUCUUUUAUACACAAACAGUGUUUUUUCCUCAUUUUUUAAAAUAACAAAUGUAUAUUUUAUUUUCAACAUCAAGUAGUGUAAUUGUUUGUAAUAUUUAAAAAGUUUUAUUAAUUUAUCACAAUGGAGACAGGUUGUUUGUUAAGAAAUGAAUCCAAUAGUCAUUUUGAUAAUUUUGGUGAUGAAAUGAUGAAUAAUCGUGAAGUUAUGAUAAGACGUCCAGUUUUUCAACAGGAUGAUAUUGAUAGAGUUUGUAAUUACAAUUCACCAGAUAAAACAUUGAGUGAAUCAAUUAAAAAAAAAUAUGAUAAAUUUAAUAUAAAUAUAUUUUUAAAAAAUUUAUUUCCAAUAUUUAAUUGGCUACCAAAAUAUAAUUGGAAAAAAAAUUUACUUGGUGAUGUUAUUGCUGGUUUUACUGUUGCAAUUAUGAAUAUUCCACAAGGAAUGGCUUAUGCUAUGCUGGGAAAUGUACCACCAAUUGUUGGUUUAUAUAUGGCAUUUUAUCCAGUUAUUGUUUACAUGAUUUUUGGUACAUCCAGACAUAAUUCAAUGGGAACAUUUGCUGUUGUUUGUAUGAUGACUGGAAAAGUUGUACUUAAACAUAAUUUAAAUGUGGAUUCUCAUGUUAAUUCAACAGUUGAUGGAGUUAUUGGAACAUCAACAAAUCAUGACAAUUCAAUUCAAAUUGCAACGAUUGUUACAUUUGGAGUUGCUAUUAUUCAAUUGGCCAUGUAUUUACUACAGUUGGGAGUGAUAUCUUCACUUUUGUCAGAUACACUUGUUAGUGGCUUUACAACUGCUGCUGCUGUUCAAGUUUUUACAUCACAAAUAAAAGAUUUGUUGGGAAUACAUCUUCCAAGACGUCCUGGUAUACUCAAAGUCAUUUACACUUACUAUGAUGUUUUCAACGCAAUUGAUGAUGUCAAUGUAACAGCAAUGAUCAUAUCAAGUAUCACAAUUGUUGCUUUGAUAUUUAACAAUGAAAUUUUAAAGCCACGUAUUGGAAAAUUAUGUGCAUUUCCAAUUCCAAUUGAAAUGAUUGUAGUUUUAAUGGGAAUAUUUGUAUCAGCUCAAAUGGAUUUAUCAGAUAUUUAUAAUGUCAAAACAAUUGGUCUUAUUCCAGUUGGACUUCCAGAUCCAACAAUGCCUGAUUUAUCUUUACUACCGUCAUUGAUUGUUGAUUGUUUUGUUAUAACAAUGGUGUCAUAUACAAUAUCAAUGUCAAUGGCACUUAUAUUUUCACAAAAAUUAAAUUACGAAGUUGAUGCUAAUCAAGAAUUAUUAGCACUUGGUCUUGGUAAUUUAACUGGAUCAUUUUUUUCAUGUAUGCCAUUUACAGCAUCUUUAUCACGUUCACUUAUUCAACAAACUGUUGGAGGUAAAACUCAAUUAGCAAGUUUAAUAUCAUGUUCAAUAAUAUUAUUUGUUUUAUUAUGGAUUGGACCAUGUCUACAACCAUUGCCAAGAUGUGUUUUAGCAAGUAUCAUUGUUGUGGCAUUAAAAGGAAUGUUUUUACAAAUUAAAGAUUUAAAAAAAUACUGGAGAUUAUCAACAGCAGAUGGUUGUUUGUGGCUUGUAACAUUUUUAUCUGUUAUUAUAUUAGAUAUUGAAUAUGGACUUUUGAUUGGUGCUGUUAUUUGUUUUUCAAGACUCAUUGUAUUAUCAAUCAAACCAUACACUUGUAAACUAGGUCUUGUACCAGGAACAGAUCUUUAUUUAGACACCAAUCGAUAUGAAAAAACUGUUGAUGUACCUGGUAUACAAAUAUUGCACUACUGUGGUGGUCUUAAUUUUGCAACAAAAAUACAUUUUCGUAAAUCAAUUUUUAAGGUAACAGGUGUUAAUCCACAAAAACAAUUAUCACGUCAGCUCAAGGAUGAUACUAAAAAAAUUAAAUGUGAUUUAAAUAAUCAAAAAUAUUUUCGAGUACUGAUACUUGAUUUUUCUGCUCUGACGAAUAUUGAUGCCGCUGGUGUAUCAGCUUUGCAUUGUCUCAUUGAUGAUUAUAUGAAAAUAAAUAUUUCGAUAUACUUGGCUGGUUGCUCAGUUGCCGUAUUUGAAACGAUGAGAAAGUGCAAUGCAACGCAAAGAAAUGAACCAUUCACUCUAUUUCCAACAGUUGGUGAUGCAAUAAAUUAUGCCAAAUAUGAAAAUAUUGAAAGUGUCAAUGUACCAGUUAUUGUUUCAUCAACAAUAGACACUUGGACAUCAUCACAAGACAUAAAUUAUAAUGAUAGUAAUUACAUAAGCCGAUUGUAAUUUACACUAUUAUUAUAAUUUAUU